AACGACGCUCUACCGGAUAAGAGAAUAGCUGCCGAUGUAUAAAUCAUUAUGACGUCGGCGUCGAAUAGUGACGAUUCGCCUUAUCACGCUUCGAACCGUAUACACAUUGGACUUAAAGACACGACGAUAACAGCCGAAAAAUGACGAUGCGAGCUACGGCGGCGAGCAUACCUUUUACUCUCUCGUAGUUACUCGCCACGAUCGAGCGGGAUAAUUCGUCGCUCCCUUGUCCAAACUCCGGAAGCCACCCAGCCGAACCACCGGAGCAGAUCGUCGUCAAUCGGAGUUUUACACAUUGGCUCAUCGGUUGUCUGCAGCUGCUGUUCGCUGCUGCUGUCAUCGUCGGGAGAUUCACCUAACGACCAUUUUCCACCGACAACCGCGGCCGCCGCCCAGUGCUGAUACUCUUCAUUCAAGUUAUAUACGUUAGACACGAAAAAUCUAACAUAUAAAGAUCAACAUGCCGAGAAUAAGUGCAGUAAAUAGAAGAUAUCGUUGUACACGGCCAAGUUUUAAACCACAGGGCUUUGAAGGAAAAUACAUGGAAUAUCUGCGAUCAAUAAGGGGACCAUUGAGUUAUCUUAAUACACUCGAUACAUGCGAAAUGUGUGCAAUGGCAUUAGUUCAGAUUGCAAAGCAGUGUUGCUGUCAACCUUGUUUUGUAAAAUGGUUGUUUUUAGAGGACGGUACAAAAUGUGAAACAUGUGAAAAGCCAUUGAAAGACGUAAUGACCAAGGAACAAGCGGAUAAAUUUUGCGAACGCACGGGGUUGAAAUGGAAGAGAUUAAAUGAAACCGGACACGCCCUCACGAAUUUGCUUAUUGAACGUCGGAUUCGAAGCAUGGCUCACAGGACUUCAAAUUAAUACAUGUUCGCCGAGAGUACAAAUUUUAUAGUUUUUAAAUGUAGAAUCACAAAUAGCAAAAUCAUUAACUAACCUAAAACUAAAAUUAUCUAAAACAAAGAAAUAUAUCUUAUGUAUAACAAUUAAAAUUUUAAUAAGAUAAAUAUUGAUAAAAAUAAACAUUUUUGCACAAUAAUUUAUUGUAGAAGUUGAAAUAUGUCUGUUUGAACAUUUCCUUAACGUUUAAAUCAUAGUUACUUUCUUAUAAUAUUUUUUAACACUUUUUAUUAAGCAACUUAUAAAGUUUUUAAUUUGUUUUUACAGUUAUUAUUUACAGUUAUAUUGUAAUUUUUAGUACAAAAUAAUUUAGUUUACAGUACAAAUUAUUCUAUUAUUGUUUAUUAAUAAGGACAACUUAGGCAAAUAAGACUUAGCAGUUAAUAUUUAUAGAAUGCCAGGAUGACUGAAUAAUUCACACUUAUAUGAUAAUAAAAUUACAUAAAUAUUGGCUUAUAAAUUUACUGGAAAUUUUUUUUUGGAACUUUAAAUGGAAAUUCAAUAAUUUUAUAUUUUAAGUUAUAACAUUUAAAUUAUUGUUUAUUAUAAAAAUAUUAAAUUAUGUAUUAACUUAUCUUAAAAUAAUCAUGAACUAUAAUUAUUUAUAUUUUAAGUAAUUACAAUAUAAUCACAUACAAAUAAUUAAAUUACCUACCUCAAACAACCUACUGUGCGCCUACCUGCUUUUAAUAUUAUAUAAUUUAAGUAUUAAGAUUUAUUGUAUUUGUAUGUUUAAAUGUAAUACAAUUAUAUAACUAUAUGAUAUAUAAUAAAAACAAAUUAUUAUAUUUUAUCUAGAUCAUAAGAAA